GGGCUCCCGCCGCCCCCUCCAGCGUCGGCUCCGGGGCGGCGGCGGCAUCGGGAUGGCGGCGGCGGCGGCGGGCGCGCUGGGGGCGGCUCCCGGGGCGGGCGGCGCGGCCGGGCCCCCGGCGGGUCCGUGCGGGGCGGCGGGGUCCGGGCCGGUCCCGGUGCCCAUGAACCUGUUCGCCACCUGGGAGAUCGACCGCUCGGCGCCCAGCUGCGUGCCCCGACUCUGCAGCCUGCGCCUGAAGAAGCUCACCGUGCUGAGGGAGCUGGACAAGGAGCUGAGCUCGGUGCUCAUCGCGGUGAAGAUUCAGGGUUCAAAGCGAGUCCUGCGAUCCAAUGAAUACGUCCUUCCCCCCGGGGGCCUGAUGGAGACUGACCUGGAACUGACUUUUUCUUUACAGUACCCGCAUUUCCUGAAGAGAGAUGGCAACAAGCUGCAGAUUAUGCUGCAGCGAAGGAAAAGGUACAAGAACCGCACAAUCCUGGGCUACAAGACUCUGGCGGUGGGAAUCAUUAACAUGGCGGAGGUGAUGCAGCACCCCACAGAUGGAGGGCAGCUUCUGGGCCUCCACAGCAACAUGAAGGAUGUGAGCAUCCAAGUGGCUGAAAUCAGCAUCUACUCCCUGUCCAGCCAGCCCAUUGACCAUGAGGAUGGCAGCGUCCCCUCUGGCCCCAAAAUCAAAGCCUCAGAUCGCUCUCCAGACAUGGAUAACUACUCGGAGGAGGACGACGACAGCUUCUCUUCAGAGCAGGAGGCCAGCGACGAUGCUGUGCAAGGCCAGGAUCUGUACGACGAAGAGGAUGAAGUGAGGAAGCCGAAGAAAGCCCGGAGGAAAAUGAUCAGAACCACGUCCAUGAGCAGACAACCGAACUUCAAGCAGAAAUUCGUUGCUUUGCUGAAGAGAUUUAAAGUGAUGGAUGAGGUUCUGGACUCCGACCCGGUGGGUCAGACCCGAGAAGUGGAGGAGGAUCUGGGGCUACUGUACGACAGCUUGGAGGAAUGCAACAACAGCGACAGUGGCCCUGAGCUGGAGGAUAAUGAGAGCGUGCACAGCACCCCCAAGCCCACCCUGAGGCGUUUCUUUGAGGGCGUCUCUCACUCGGGUUCCCAGACUGAGAUUGGUAGUCUGCACGGCCAGAAAGGGCAGGAACGGGAGUCCAGCAGCCCUGGACAAGCGGAGAAGCGCAAGGCCGGAGCUCCGCGGGCCCUGGAGGAGGUGGGCGUGGAGGUGGUGGCCGCGGCGCUGGAGCCGGAGGAGCCCUCCCCACGCCCCGGGGCGGCAGAGGCAGCCAGGCGGGAGAGCAGUGUUGACAGGCUGGCCCAGCUGGGCAGCGCCGGCAAGCCCGAGCCCCCAAACGCUGUGUCGCCCAGCAAAGCUGAAAGCAGACAGGUGUGGCGGCCCCGCAGCACCUCCAUGAAGGACCGGCAGAACCUGAAGGGGCAGAGCGACCGCACCAGCAGCCUGGACAGUGAAAGCUCGCCAGACUCGCGGCACAGCGCCCAGGUGCCCCGGAAAUCUGUCUAUGAUCAGCUGAACCAGAUCCUGAUCUCAGAUGAGCAGCUUCCGGAGAGCAUCAUCCUAGUGAAUGUCACCGAGUGGCAAGGGCAGUACUUGAGCGAGCAGCUCCAGGCGCACAAACAACCCGUUGUCUCCACCUGGUCCGUGGCCGACGUCCAGGCUGCCUUCAACACCAUCGUCGCCCGCAUCCAGAGAUACUGUAACUGCAACUCUCACAUGCCUCCCCCAGUCAAAGUGGCCGUGGCGGGAGACCAGAGCUACCUGAGUGUCGUGCUGCGGUUCUUCGUGGAGCAGCUGGCCAGCAAGACCCCCGACUGGCUGAACUACCUCCGCUUCCUCGUGGUGCCACUGGGCUCACACCCGCUGGCCAAGUACCUGGCGUCCGUGGAUGGGAGGUACAGCGCGCUCUUCCUGGACACGGCGUGGAGGGAGCUGUUCAGCCGGGCCGAGCCCCCCAGCGCAGACACCGUGGACGUCCCUGGCCGCAUGGCUCAGUUCAUUGCAGGAGCCAGCCAGUCUCACCAGCUGCCCAUCUCCGAGGCCAUGCUGACAUACAAACAGAAGAGGAAGAGAAGCCUCUAUUUUGAUUUUUAUAUCAGCCCAGACGACGACUCCUGCCAGAAGUUUGUGCCAUUUGUCGGGGUGGUGAAGGUGGGGCUCGUGGAACAGUCCUUCAGCGCCUCAGUGGACUCUGACGAUGCCACGGUCUGCACCAGUUCCCUGCUGAGCUCCACGCCUCCAGCCGGCGCAGGGACCCCCCACAGCAAGGAGGCCAUGGGCACCCCGCCGCCCUCCCCGUCCGUCAGCAGCAGCCUCUCGGGGGCUGGGUCCCUGAGCCCCGGCAUGGAGGUGAUGGGCCUGCAGGUCGACUACUGGACAACCCAGGGGCCGGAGAAGAAGAAGGAGGGAGAGAAGCGGGAGAUGGGCUUGAAGAACACGCUGAAGAGCAACUUUCGAUCCCUGCAGGUCAGCCGCGUGCCCAGCCCUGGGGAGCUGGUCCCCCCCAGCACCAUGGCCAUGACCGUGGUCACCAAGGAGAAGAACAAGAAAGUGAUGUUCCUGAGUAAGAAACCCAAGGAGAAGGACCUGGAGCCCAAAAGCCAAGUCAUCGAAGGGAUUACGCGCCUGAUCUGUACGGCUAAGCACCAGAACACCAUGCUCCGAGUGUCCAUCGAUGGCGUGGAGUGGAACGAUGUGAAGUUCUUCCAGCUAGCAGCGCAGUGGCCAACACAUGUCAAGCAUCUCCCCGUGGGCAUCUUUGGCUACUCGAAGAGCGUGUGAGCCAGCCGGGCAGCCGGGACUCUGCUGAGUGUGGCAGGAGGAGGCGAUGUCCAUGGCCUGUCGCUUCUGCUGAGCACUGGGGGAGGUUCCUGCUGCCCAGCUCCAGGUGCUGUGGCCUGGCCGUUCCCACUCUGUUUCUCUCCCCCCUGGGCCUUUUAACAUGCAGCUAGAACUGGUGCAACAGGGGGAUCCACGUGGUGCCCAAGCCAGCCUCCCACCAGCCAGGGCCAGGGGUCCCACCCUGAGGAAGGGAGGGGGACUGGGAGCUACUGGAGGGAGUCUCACUGGGGCUGUGCCUGGGGGGGCAGAACAGGCUGCUCUGGCUCCCGCCCUGAGGCCAGCUCAGCCAGGCGCACCCUACGGCAAGAGCCUAACUCAGUUGCCCCCUUUCGGAAGCACCAGGGCCUCACUGGCAGCUCCAGGGCGUGAGGGGUCUCUGCCCCACCCUGCUGUUUCGGUUAGGGGCUGUCACCCUUUGCUCAAGGGCCCAGUGAGCCUGGGCUCAGGGCCCUGCAGCACCCCAGAGGUCAUGGGGCUGCAGGGCUGAGCCUGGGCCCAGCUCUCCCCCCCCCCCGCCCCCCCCAAGCUAGGGAACACUAGACCAGCUGAGGCUCACCUAGACCUGCAUGGAGGAAGCCAUGAAUGUGGCAGGUGGGGGCCUCCUCCACCACCAGCGGUGGGGCCCCAGCCCUAGGAAGAGCGAGGGGGGAGCUGUGCCUGCAGCAGAACCGCCUGGGGGGCAGUGCGCUGCAGGAACUCAAGGCAGGUGUGCUUGGCAGUGCCCAUGCUGCCCUGUGCGCCGCGGUGAGGCCCCUGGCCUAGGGGGAGCAGAAAGCUGGGCUGGCCCAGCUGUGCCCUCAGUGCCAGGAGUCAGCACCCAGCCAGUCUGAGCUGCAGCCCAUUACUACAUCAGCCCCCCAUCCCCGUCCUUGGCACCCCCUGCCCAGAAAUGCUAGGGGCAGGCCCACCUGCUGCUCCGGAGCAGGCUGGGCUGCAGAUGGGGGGACCCUGGGCACGGCUGUGUCUUUCCAUUUACUGCUGGCCUGGGGUUCACAGUAGCAUGGUAGCCCUGGCACUGGGCUGAUGUCACACUCCUGCCCUCCGCCUGGAAGGCUCCAAGCCCAGCCCCUGGGAGCCCUGGGCGGCUGCGGAGCCGAGGGAGCGUUACCCUGUUUUUUUACAAGAUUCUAUUUUUUUUAAACUUACUGUAUGGUUGCUUUUCUGGAUUAAUUUUAAUAAAUUAAUGCUGGUACCACUGUGA